AUGAGCAUGCUAUCUAGAAGACUGUUUUCCACCUCUCGCCUUGCUGCCUUCAGUAAGAUCAAGGUUAAAAACCCUGUAGUCGAGCUAGACGGUGAUGAAAUGACUCGUAUAAUUUGGGACAAGAUCAAGAAAAAGUUGAUUCUACCUUAUUUGGACGUAGACUUGAAGUACUAUGACUUAUCUGUCCAGUCUCGUGACGCCACCGCUGACAAAAUUACUCAAGAUGCUGCUGAGGCAAUCAAGAAAUAUGGUGUCGGUAUCAAAUGUGCUACCAUCACACCUGAUGAAGCUCGUGUGAAGGAAUUCAAUCUGCACAAAAUGUGGAAGUCUCCUAACGGUACCAUCAGAAAUAUUCUUGGCGGGACUGUGUUUAGGGAACCCAUUGUGAUUCCUAGAAUUCCCAGACUGAUUCCACGUUGGGAAAAGCCAAUCAUUAUUGGAAGACACGCCCACGGUGACCAAUAUAAAGCCACAGACACGUUGAUUCCAGGCCCAGGUUCCGUGGAGUUGGUCUAUAAACCUUCUGGGCCCAACACGACUGCUCAACCACAGACUUUAAAAGUUUAUGACUACAAGGGCAGUGGUGUAGCCAUGGCCAUGUACAACACUGACGAAUCCAUCGAAGGCUUUGCACAUUCGUCCUUCAAGUUGGCCAUUGACAAGAAAUUAAACCUUUUCUUGUCAACUAAGAAUACUAUUUUGAAGAAGUAUGAUGGUAGAUUCAAGGAUAUUUUCCAAGAAGUUUAUGAAGCUGAAUAUAAAUCCAAAUUUGAAAAACUAGGCAUCCAUUAUGAGCACCGUUUGAUUGAUGAUAUGGUCGCCCAAAUGAUCAAGUCUAAAGGUGGAUUUAUCAUGGCUUUAAAAAACUAUGAUGGUGAUGUCCAAUCUGACAUUGUCGCUCAGGGAUUUGGCUCCUUGGGAUUGAUGACCUCUAUUUUAGUUACACCAGACGGUAAGACUUUUGAAAGUGAGGCCGCUCAUGGUACUGUGACAAGACAUUAUAGAAAAUACCAGAAGGGUGAAGAAACUUCUACAAACUCCAUUGCAUCCAUUUUUGCUUGGUCAAGAGGUCUAUUGAAGAGAGGUGAACUGGACAAUACUCCGGCUUUAUGUAAGUUUGCCAACGUUUUGGAAUCCGCCACUUUGAACACUGUCCAACAAGAUGGCAUCAUGACCAAAGAUUUGGCUUUAGCUUGCGGUAACGACGAAAGAUCCGCUUACGUUACCACAGAAGACUUUCUGGAUGCUGUUGAGAAAAGACUACAAAAAGAAAUCAAAUCGAUUGAAUAA